UCGCAAAAGCACUUUACUAGCUCCCUGCCUUUCAAGUAAAAGCCUGCAGGCUGACUGGUCCCCUGUUCAUUAUACAUAGCUUCUGUCUUAGCUUUGUAUCUGAUUAAUUGUUUUAUUAAAGAAACAUGUCUUUUUUGUUGAAAUCGAUGGUGAGUGGACAGGUGAAGAAUUUAGGACUUGGGGGUAGAGAUGAAGAAAAGAAAGACGAAGGAGGCACUUUGGACCCUGCAGCUGCAGCAGGCAUGACUAGAGAAGAAUAUGAAGAAUACCAAAAGCAGAUGGUGGAAGAAAAAAUGGAACGUGAUGGUCUGUUUGCACAGAAGAAAGCAGAAAGAGCAACACUAAGGGUUCAUUUAAGAGAAAAGUACAGACUCCCAAAGAGUGAACAGGAUGAGAAUCAGAUUCAAAUGGCCAGAGAGGAUGUUGAGCUGCCAGAAGAGCUGAGGAAGAUGGUAAAUGAAGACCAAGAGGAAGAAGAUGACAAAGAUUCUUUCAUUGGGCAAAUUCAUAGCCUCCAGAAUAUGGAUGCAGAUCAAAUAAAAGAAAAGGCCCAGGCAACAUUUAGUGAAAUAAAGCAGGCUGCUGAACAGAAAUGCUUCAUAAUGUGAGCCAGUGAUGAUCCCUCAACUUUCAAUUUCUGUAAAACCUUGAAUAAACCUUGUAAUCAUGCAUUUCACACAGGAAUUGUCUCUCCACUGUCCAUUCUUGAUAUGAACAAUGUUAGUGUGACAUCUGGGGCACAAUUUUUCAGAGGAAAAUAAUAAAAAAAUGUAUGUAUGCAUGUCAGGGAAAAAAAGUAUGUUUAAUUGAAGAGCUAUCAAAAAGUUGAAGUAUAUUUUAAAAUUAUUUCUCCCCAAAGGCCUCUGUCAAGAUUGUAAAGUGUGAACGUGCAUGUGCUGCCAUACAUUUUAAACAGUGGGAAUUGGAUGAAAUUAAUUUACUCUGUGGGAUUUGUUGGAAUUUGUGGAAUGAUAUAUCUAAUCUGAUAUUAAAUCUACAAUGACAACAAGAUGAUAUUCUCCUUAAUUAAUACAAUCAAUAAAAAUUGUCUGUACAAAUCACAGAAAAUAAAGG